AUGGGGUCUGAGGCGGUGAAGGUGGUGGUCCGGUGUCGACCCCUCAAUGAGCGGGAGAAGGCCCUGGGCUCGAACACGGUUCUGUCUGUGGACCUGCAGAGGUGCCAGUGCUUCAUCCAGAAGCCAGGAGCAGUGGAUGAGCCUCCAAAACAAUUCACCUUUGAUGGCACUUAUUUCACCGAUCAGACCACUGAGCAGAUGUACAACGAGAUUGCAUAUCCUCUGGUGGAGGGUGUCACCGAGGGAUACAAUGGCACAAUUUUUGCCUACGGGCAGACUGGAAGUGGUAAGUCUUACACCAUGCAGGGUGUGUCUGAACCUGCGUCUCAGAAGGGGGUCAUCCCUCGAGCAUUUGAGCACAUCUUCGAGAGCAUUCAGUGCGCGGAAAACACAAAGUUCCUCGUGAGGGCUUCGUACUUAGAAAUCUACAAUGAAGAAAUCAGAGAUCUCUUGGGACAUGACACUAAACAAAAAUUAGAGCUGAAGGAGCAUCCGGAGCGUGGGGUGUAUGUGCGGGACCUGUCCAUGCACACGGUCCACAGUGUGGGAGAGUGUGAGACCAUCAUAGAACAUGGCUGGAGGAACCGGGCGGUGGGCUACACACUCAUGAACAAAGACUCGUCCCGUUCCCACUCCAUCUUCACGAUCCAUCUGGAGAUCUGCAACACCGAUGCAGCUGGUCAGGACCAUCUCCGAGCGGGUAAACUCAACCUGGUGGACCUGGCAGGAAGUGAGCGCCAGUCCAAAACCGGAGCCACUGGGGAACGCCUGCGUGAAGCCACUAAGAUCAACCUCUCCCUCUCAGCUUUGGGCAACGUCAUCUCAGCUCUGGUGGACGGACGCUCUAAAUACAUCCCCUACCGCGACUCUAAACUGACCAGACUGCUGCAGGACUCCUUGGGGGGGAACACACGUACCUUGAUGAUUGCUUGCCUGUCGCCUGCAGACAACAACUACGAGGAGAGCCUGAGCACAUUACGCUACGCCAACCGGGCCAAGAGCAUCCAGAACAGACCUCGGAUUAAUGAAGACCCCAAGGAUGCUCUGCUACGACAGUACCAGGAGGAGAUCAAGAAGUUGAAGGCUCUGGUGUCGGGGCAGCUGGGCACCACCAACCUGUCAUCUCUGUUGGCUGCUCAGUUACCAGAGGCGUCCCCUGCCGUCCCUUCAAGGCCACAAUCCAGCAUCACAGAAGCAGAGAAGGAGAAGAUUAAAGAGGAGUACGAGGAGAGGCUGGCCAAGUUACAGGCUGAGUACAAUGCAGAACAACAGUCCAAGGUGAAGCUGCAGGAAGACAUCGCUGCCCUGCGCUCCUCCUAUGAAUCAAAGCUGUCUCAUCUGGAGAAGGCUCGGACCAGCAGGGGGAGCUCUGAACCAAAGAAUGUUCUCAGUACUGAUCCAUUGUUCUGCUUCCUAACAUCAGUGAACUCCAGCUGUAUCACACAGCGUACUGUGGAAAAGACUGACGCACCCUGCCAGAGUACAGAACCUCCUCUGAACAAGCCGCCGGAGCCUUGUGCUGCAGUCCAAAGAGGUCCAGAUGAGGAGACAGGGGAUCAACCUGAUGCUGCAACACCAGAGUCUAUGGACCAGAAACAUGUUCUGGAAAGGCUGCAGCAGCUGGAACAGGAGGUGGUCGGAGGAGAACAGGUCAGAAAUAAAGAGUUCCAGCAGAGACACAGACAGAGGAAGAACCUUGCUGAUCAGAGGAAAGUCCAUCUUAUCCGGGCCUUGUCAGAAAACAGCGAGGACAGCGAAAAUGUGCUGUUUAAUGUUUACAACUCCAUCCAGGAAGAGGUCCAUGCAAAAAGCCAAAUGUUGGUCAAAGUCCAGGGGAAGCUGAAAGGAGCCAAACUGGAGAUCCGUGACCUGCAGGCAGAGUUUGAGGUGGAGAGGAACGACUACCUGGCAACCAUCCGCCGACUGGAGCGGGAAGGCCAGCUGCUCCACGGCCUGUUGGAGCGUAUGGUGCACCUGGUGCGCCGCGACUGCAACUACAGCAACCUGGACCGUCUGAAGAAAGAAGCUGUCUGGGAUGAGGAAAGUGCAACCUGGAGGCUGCCAGAUGUAAUGGUGCAGAAAACAACGCUACCCUCAGCAGUGACCCCAAAGUUGCCAUCUCAGCGAGGCUCUGCUGCUGACUCUGAAGAUCCGUUCAUGGUGUCUCAGGUGGAAGAGGACAGGUAUAAGGAAAUGCUGGACCGCAGCGACAGUGAAAACAUCGCCAGCAGCUACUUCAAGUCCAAGAGGGCCAGUCAGCUGCUGGGAGGUGAUGCUACAAAGGGACACGCCAUCCACUCCCCUCCCCUAUUUAACGGGACGUCCCACCUGACCGUGAGCGGCUCCAGCAUGAACCCGUCUCUCAGCCCAGACUCCAUCCUGCCUCGGCCCUUCCGCCUGGAGUCGUUGGGCGUCCCAGUGUCUAAUAAUAUGAAGGUAAAGAGGAAAAAAAGCAAAUCUCACAUCCAUAAUGAGGGCAUAUGAAAGGACCGGGACUCCCAUGCACUACCAGGAAAUCAGGUCUCAUGUUGAAUGUUAAUGUUGAACAGAAUGCUACCUACAGUGUGAUUUCACCCAUGAAUGUUUCAAGUCUCUGAUGCGUGCACUGUGACUACUCAAAGUCCACAUCUUGUAAUAUUUAAC